GCUGGAUUUAAGCACUGCUGCACUUUAUGAGAAUUUUUAGGAACCUGGAACCCACACGAUGAAGAAGGUGUUUGUGACAGUCGGAACCACCAGUUUUGAUGACCUCAUCGCCUGUGUGGCCACCCGCGACAGCCUUCAGAUUCUCAAGAGACUCGGUUACAACCGACUCGUCCUUCAAAUUGGUAGAGGCACAGUGGUCCCCGAACCAUUCAGUACUGAGUCAUUCACCCUGGAUGUUUACAGGUAUAAGGAUUCUUUGAAAGAAGACCUUCAGCAAGCAGAUCUUGUCAUCAGCCACGCAGGUGCUGGAAGCUGUUUGGAGAGUCUGGAAAAAGGCAAGCCACUUGUGGUAGUUGUAAAUGAAAAAUUAAUGAACAAUCAUCAAUUUGAAUUGGCAAAGCAGCUGCACAAAGAAGGACAUCUCUUCUACUGUACCUGCAGCACACUUCUUGAGCUGUUACAGUCAAUGGAUUUAUCAACACUGAAAUGUUAUUCUCCUGGCCAGCCAGAAAAAUUUUCUGCAUUUUUGGAUAAAGUUGUUGGAUUACAAAAAUAAACUCUCAACACUUUAAAAUACCUAUA